AUGGAGCCUGAGCCUGAGCCUGGGCUGCAGGUCGAUAACGGGCUGGUUGGUGAUAAGACCUGGGCACCCAUGGUUAAUUCAUGGCACUACAUCCUGCUGCAGGGCUCUGGGCUGGCCAGCAGUGAUUAGCCGGAGAUCAAUGAGCCCUUCACAUAGAACAAACACAGAGGGCACUAGAAGAGAGCAUUUUAGUCAUUUUGCAGACACUCUUAUCCAGAGCGACUUACAGUAGUAGUGCAUUCAUCUUAACGCUGGAAUCCUUAAUGGUGAAACAACCACGUCCGUUUGUGAUAUUGCAACAAAGAAGUUACUGAAAACAACAAACACAGUUUUUCCCCCUCAGACAUCAUUGAACGCGAGAUAGAAGAGCACAAUAUGUACUACAAUGUUUUUUGGACCAUGCAGCACAACACUCCUCAGCUCGGCAACUAUAACAAUGGUGGUGGGGCGGCCAGUGGAACCGUUUCCCCCUACUGCGGAUUACAUAUUUAAGAUAGCUUGGUGAGACAACCACAUAUCACAGUCGUAGUAAGUACAUUUUUACCCAAUAAAGAAGUUAUCAGCAAAGUCAGUGCUAGUAGGACAAGUGAAUUGAAUUGUAUUUAUAUUUUUGAUGGGGCGGGGAAUAAGACCGAUGUCUUACUUGAGAUAUUCUUUGAAGGGUGGGGUUUCAGACGUUUUCGGAAGAUGGGCAGGGACUCUGCUGUCCUAGCAUAAGGGGGGAGCUCUUUCCACCAUUGGGGUGCCAGGACAGAGAAUAGCUUUCACUGGGCUGAGGGGGAGCUGACCCCUGUAGGGCUUGAAUGACCAAGAGACCAGAGGUGGCAGAACAGAGUGCUCGGGUUGGGGUGUAGGGUUUGAGCAUAGCCUGAAGGUAGGAAGGGGCAGUUCCGCUUGCUGCUCCGUAGGCAAGCAGCCAGUGGACUGUGCUUCCUGUAAAUGCAGGGCUGGGCAUUGCCUCAGUCUCCUCAGUCCCCUUAACGGCGCUGCAUGGUCAAUCCGAUGUCUGCAUUGGCCGUGCAGUAUUUACGGUGAUAUGGCCUCUGCAGAAGUCAUGGCAUUCAUACUUCUUGUGCUUCGCGGAGCAGCGCAGAGCUGUUGAGCACAGCUGUUGUGAAGAAAGUUGUCAAGGAAGUGAGUUUGGGUUUAUAAAGGACCUCCCGCCCUCACCUACCGUCAACCAAUCAUGUCAAUGCUAUACGGAGCCCUCCGAAUUGUUGCAAAAUUUGGGAGGCGCACGGUGAUGUGGUACGGAGCUCAAUUUGGCCUCUGCAUGCCUCCGGAGGCUCCACAAUUGCGUCAUACCCUCCAUACGGAGCCUCCGGCCACAUUUUCAGAUCAAGCAUAAAUUGGCUUUUAGCCAUGCCCACUGCAGGGCCGUGCUCAGUUGAUAUAAUGGAAGACAAUACUGACAGGGCAUAGAAAUUGAGAGCAUAGACAAAUGCAUUCCAUGUGGAAUAAAGAGCCAUAACCAUUCUAUUUUUUAUCCAACCUGUAGUAUAAUGCUAUCAUCAUCAUCAGCAGGGUUAACUGGACCUUUACCUCAACACUGACCAGCUCCUGUCCAGACUAGGGAGCAUCUUCUCAAUUAGUUACAUAUUAAACAUGCCUGUGACCGCUUUGAGCUGAGCCUAAUGAUAGGCUAAAGGACAACAAGGCUGCCCUGCUUUCAUCAUCCCUGCCUGUCUAUUUACUCACUGACCUGGUUCAGAUCAGAGGCAUCAGAACCCAUUAGACAGACAACAGUCAUUCCAUUAGAUGUACAGUAUACAUCAGUCCCCCAUGUUAUGUUACCACUGAUAAUAGUAUAAUCCACACUGAUGACAAUUCCUGGGCUGACCUGUUCCACCGUGUGUGGUAAACAGGUGGCACAUAACACCUUGAUGCAAAUCUUGGCAUAUAGAAAAAAUAAGGUAGGCUACGCUAAAUAUAAAACAGGGAUCUGAAAGUGGUUGCUAUGGCAUGUUUUAUAGUAGGGCGAUUCUACGGUAACGGAAUUGCGCUGAGACUCAGAUUUUUCACUUAAAAUGUAUGCCAUACAAAAACCAUUGAACAAACCAUACAACUGUAUGCUGAAAGACUACUUUUAACAAUUGACACUGAACAUUUUACAAAAACACAUUUACUGAAAGAACUGUGCAGAUGCAAAGUUUGGUAACAGAACUUUGGUAAAAUCUUCCCCUGUUUUUUGUGUCCACGUUUUCCGAAAACUCUGUUAAAUAUCUGUUUCCAAUUAAGAUUCAAAGAUGUCUGCAGAAAGAAUGAGGUGUAAGCUAUGACAUGACACAUUGACUUUGAAAAAAUCAGUUUUUGGUUAUUGAACUACAGUAAGUGAAGUGGAUUUACACCCGGUAACGGAAUUUCAUCAUGGGUCCCUGAUCUGUAAUACACAGAAAUGCAUAAUUAUGGAUAUGAAUGUCAUUCUCUUCAGGUGAUGUAUCCUACACAAAGGUAUAAAUAUGCAAUAUCCUCCUUUUGAUAUUUGGGUUUUAUUCUACACACUGGCUAUUAUUUUAAUGAGCUCUGCCCCCGAACCGGACCAAAUCUGAACCAAUCAUAGACGUCUAUAUUUCACAAGUUUGGAGAUCCAAGUACAGCACACUAGAGCUAAGUAGAGUACAGUACAGACCUUUACAUUAACCUUUUUAGCCACUUGUCUUUUUACUUGUCCGAAAACUCAGGUCACUUGUAACCCCCCAAAACAAAAACAGGUCUGUAACACCAUGGGCCAAAAAGGUGACUGAAAAUUGUGUUGUAUGAUGCAAGAAACCACUUUUUAAAAAAAAAUAACCUGCAUUACUAUCACUGGUAUUGAAAUGGAAGGCUACUGGUCUCUGAUCCCAUGUAGUAUAUGUCCUGAGCAAGGCACUUAACCCCCACAAAGUAAAAUACUGCACUGAUAGGCUACUAUGUAAAACACAUGUGGUCUGUAAACCCUCCAUCUGGAAAGCUACUGGGUGUGCAGGGCUUUUUAUCAAACUCUGCUCAAACACACCAGAGUCAGCUUAUCAAGGUCCUGUUGAGCAGCUGAUUUAUUUUACAAUGUGGUGUGUUCGAGCAGGGCUGGAGCAAAAGCCUGCACACCCAGUAGCUCUCCUGGACUCUCCAGGAGGAGGGUUGGCCACCCUGCAACAUUACAAUUACAUAUUUCCCUCAUUCAAUGAACCAGGGAUCAAAUGGCUAAGGUGUGCGAGGUAGCUAACUAAGAUGUUUAUCUAUUUGUAAGGUUAAAAUAUUCAGUGUUCAGGGGAGAUCUUGACAGCAUAGGAGUUACUUUGUCAAUUAGGCUAUUCUAACACUAUUUUUUAACUUUGUCAUAAUUACAUGGCCAGUACUGAAUAAAGGAGAAUCCUAGCCAAUUUUGAGCGCUUGAGACUUUUUUACAACCGGAGUAAAGGUUUUACAACCGGAGUAUGCAACAUUGUUUUCAUCAACUGUGCACCCAUAACAACUGCGUGUUGGCCAUUUGCGGUUAUACACGAGUGCCGGUGGAAUAAUGCAUGCUAAUGGCUAAAUAGUUAACUAGCGAGAUAUACACAAUAUGUUUUGAAUUGGCUGGUUAUCUACAGUAGUUAGUCUGUUGUAUAUCAUUUUACCUGUUGCGCAAAUGUCUCUUUCUCUCUCUCGCUUUCCUCUGGCAACAGCCCACUGGCACAGACGCAGGUGAUGUACACACCAUGACCUUUUCCAGGAUUUUCAUUACUGACCAAAAAUGUGCUAUAGCUGGGCAAAUAACUAAUCAUCAAUAAUUAUCAACAAAUGUGCAAACGUGGCUAUGCUCACUUUGAUCUAAAAAAUGCACCUCGCGACUGCAUGAUUGAAAGACCACUUGUGCCUGUCAAUUCAGGCCUACAAUAAUUAUACUCCGAUGCACUCUGCAGAGAUUGGGUGGACAGUGAGCAAAACAUCGCAUCCGGAGGACACUUUGAUCCAAUUCUGAUCAGAGUAGCCCAAUUGUUUGAUAUUGUGAUUUUUGCGUGAUUGUUUUCCCUUGUCCAUUCGGACAACUUAAAUCUAUAAUCUGCUUGUCCAACAUUUGUUUUUACUUUGCCCCGGCCAAGCGUUAAUGUUGAGCCCUGCAGUACAGCAGAGUAGAGUUCCGUACAGCAGAGUAGAGUUCCGUACAGCAGAGUAGAGUUCCGUACAGCAGAGUAGAGUUCAGUACAGCAGAGUAGAGUUCAGUACAGUACAGCAGAGUAGAGUUUAGUACAGUACAGCAGAGUAGAGUUCAGCACAGCAGAGUUCAGCACAGCAGAGUAGAGUUCAGUACAGCAGAGUAGAGUAGAGUUCAGUACAGUACAGCAGAGUAGAGUUCAGUACAGCACAGCAGAGUUCAGUACAGCACAGCAGAGUAGAGUUCAGUACAGUUCAGUAGAGUAUUUCAGUACAGUAAAGUAGAGUAUAGUUCAGUGCAGGACAUUAGUGUACUCAACUCUAAUGUGCUCUACUGUGUACUGUACUCUACAGUACUGUACUAUACUCUGAUUUUCUUUACUGUACUGAACUCUACAGUAAAGUACUAACUUGUGAACUCAACUGUGGUUUGUGACUACUAUAAUUUCCCAUUGUAGCCAAUUAAAUUGCAGAAAUUCAGUUUCAGCUUUUUCUGAUAAUUCCGUUACCGACUUGGUUAAUUCAUAAACAAAAUGUAUAUCAGUAAAAACACUAACUAAUUGAUAGGUCUACCUUUACUUGUCAGUUCUCCCUCAUGAGGGAGAGAAAUUUGAAAAUAUAUUAAAGAUAUGUGGGUUUUUGGUAACAUCAUUUCUAAAAAUUACAGAAGGCAGAAAAAUGUAUCCAAAAUGAAAUAUAACUGUCGAUACUAGUUGGCAGGGCUCUUCAACAUUGUGUUUUGAUGUAUUUCUGAUAACUUUCAAUACUUAAGCCAAAAUUACACAGAAAAGACGCCAUCAAUGGAGUCAAAAUCUGCACGCGAGAGUAGAGAGCAUCAAUUCACAUACACUGCGUAGCGUAUGCCAACUUAAUUGUCACGAUAAUCCAUAAUAAACAGUUGUAUUUGUUAUGUUUGCUAUGUAGCCCUUGUGAAUUAUUUGUGUGUGUUCCUUUUGUCUCACCUUAAAUGUCCUACGGGAGCCACCGUACCUGCCUCCUGUUAUGUUGGCUCAAGAAUGUGAGGAGAGUUGUAGCUAAUACACCCCAGCAGUUUAUAAAGAAUAGCUAGUCUCGUUCUUUCUACAUACACAGCAUUCUCUCUUGAACGGAGUUCCUCACGUUUCCCAGCUGUAGCCUGCCUAGGCUAUAUGUCUGUGCUCGAAAUCAACAAAGGUAGGCAUAAAGUUAUUGUUUUCAAAUAUGUAUUAUUGGCACUGGCAGCUAAACGUAUCAACCCUAAAUAGACACUUUUAACUAUACAUGUCACAAUUCCAGACGUAACAAUGCACAAACAGUCUAUUUUCUGGCAAUUUAUCCGCAAACUUUACCAGCAUUGCUUCACGAAGACGAGAGAAAAUUAGACUUGCUUUCUAAUUUGAAGCACAUUACGCGUUUGACGGCAUUGACGCUCGCGGCCUAUCUGUUUUCUGUCAUUCACCACCGUGCAUUCUAAUUCCAGCGUGUACAAGCUCAUUCACUUGCGUAAAAAAGUUGUUUGGGCUUUAUUCUGCUAGAUGUUUUCUAACACCCUUUUUCCAUCUGUUUGACCAGAAAUCAAAGCCUUUGCUUAUUCCUAAUUUUUGGGAUGGAAAAUGUAUAUAAACUUAAUUUCUAAAAGAUAAGACUCUUAGCUUUCAUUUAACACCCAAUUUGGCAUGCUCCUAUGAACUUCACAUGUUUGUGCUCAUUGAUCCUUUUGCAUAGAAAUGACCAGUAGCAACAUGCUGGAGUGCCAUGGGAAAGGCUACAUUAACAAAUAACCAUGACAGCUGCAGUGACCACACAGAUUAGACCCACAUGCACUAAACAUGUAAUCACACAUCAUCAUGCACUCAUUUGGGUCAGGUGUAUUGACUAAGUUAGCCUGGCCUGUUGGUUUAUGACGAAUUGAGCGAGUCACUGGUGUAAAUUAAGGGACCUCUCCUAUAGUUUCCCCUCAGGACUGAGGACCAGCCAUCCCAACUGUUCAGCAGGUGCCCAGAGAUGUGCUGCUAACAUCUGCUUGACUUGUCCCAGCUGCACGUUUCCAAGCUCUUCCUUGAUAGCCAAAAGGAUUACUGCCGCAAUACUUGAGAGCGGUAUUUCAGCAAAAUGUUCAGCAACAACCUCCACAAGAAUGCCAAACAAAACAGUUGUGAUGCAAUUUUUCCUGUUUUCCGAGCUGCUCUAGUGACAGGCCAAUGAUAGGUGAGGUAAACAACUAGAACUAUCUAAACUGUUGUGAGACAGUUAAUCACACAGAGAUAAAGGAAAAUAGCCCCUGAUACAUUAGCAUGCUAAAUGACAAUAACUGCCAUUACCAUAAACAAUUUCAGAAACUGUUAGUGGGUAAACAGAAACUAUGAAAUAAAUCAAACUAUUGCCUUGAGGCUUUACCUUAAGCUUACCUGCAAGAGUACAUACGACACGAUAGAUUACCAAGCUAUCUGUAAGGGACAGAAUGUACAGUGCUAGCUAAAUACUAUCCAGCUUCAGUUUGUCCAGCCAGAGACAGUGUUCCAGUGCAGCCUGAGGCCUCUCUGUGUGUCUAGUGCGCAUGUCCUGCCACAUACCCACUGCUAGCUCCUGGUUGAAGGGGAUAGGUUAGGGCCUGCAUUCUAUCUACCUCUGACACCAGAAAUACAUGGAGGAGCGAGCGGGUCAGCCGGGGGUGGGGGAGGGGUGCGCUAGGUCAGAGACCUGGGUCAUGUGAGCUGUUCUCCUCCCCUCAGGGUUGAGGGUGGGGCUAUGCCUUGCGAGGCGCAUCACUUCCUUCAUAAUCAGAAGCACAGGAACGAUAGGGACCUGUGCUGCAGAGUGGUCACCAGGGUGUGAAGUUUACUAACAUGCGUGUCAGAGGGCAGUGGAGGAAGAGACGGCCUUAACUAGCCAGAGGGCCAAGCCCACAGGAUCCAAGCAUUCCAAUGGUUCAUUACAGGGCUUUAGCCAGAGACUGUCAACAAAGCCUGACUCUGAGCCUGAGUCUAGUGGGUCUUCUCAGGCCUGUCAAAUAACCCAUAGCCCUGAGAACCAACUGCCAUGAGAACUAAGACAAUGUUAGCCUAAGCCUAUGUAUGUAAGGCAUACAUCUUUAUGAGCUGUGCCUGAUUGUUAAGAGGGAAACAAUUAUUCAGUGCACACUGACUAGAUUGUGCAUAAAGGAAACAUGUAAGAGAAAACUCUGGCAGUGUUUUCUGAGAAAGAGCUGACGCUGUUUUCAUAUAUCCGGGGGCUGGGGGUUGUCAUUGUCAAUACCAUAUUUCAUAAAAUAAUCAUAACCUCUGUGAUGGUGAUGAUGACAGAGCACUGCAGCAGAGGUAAACCCCCUUACUGAGAAUGAUGCCUUCUCUGGGCCCAUCUCUCCCUCUCCCACAGCCUGCUCUAAUGCACUGCUAACAGCCAAACUACUUCACAUCCAUCCAUCUUCUCCCCCUGCUUCCUUCCCCCUCUCCCUCUUGCCCUCGAUCUCUCUCCACCUUUUACUUGAACUCUCUCAUCCGCUCCAUACAUCUCUCUCCUCCUCCUCUCCCUCAUCUUAUCCCCUCCUCUUUCGCUCUCUCUCUUCUUCUUCCGUCUUUCUCAGGAGACCUGCCUUCCAUUAGUGAGGGCAUAGGGGAAGAGAACUCUCACACGGACACCACUUCCUGCCUAGGCGAGAUUCUCCCAUAGAGAAUGGGUGGAGGGAAGAACGGAGGGGUGUGGAGAGAAGGGAGAGAUUAUACAUUCAGAGUGUGUGUCUGAUGACAGCUCUGCAUAACCAGAACAGAGAAUGUACUCCCUGUGUGCUAUCGUAAUCUGCUUCAACAUAAUGGUCAUGGAUUCUCUCCACACACACACACACACACAUACCACACUUAUGCAGUGCAACACAUACAAAUGCACUGUAAUACCAUUAAUAAAGUGACACAAGCACAAAUAAACAAAAACAGAAAUCAUUAGCCUCUUUCACUAAUGCAAUGAAUCCAUCUUCCAUUUACCAACAGGAAGUGUACACAAACACUGUUUCUAUCACUAAUGCAGUGUACACAUGCAAACACUAAAACAAACCACAGACUACUUUUCCAAAUAUAGCACACACAAAUUGUUCCUAGUAAACAAACAUGUACCACUAAAACUCAGCACAGGUCAGGUAUUCACAAAUUCCGGAGGUCACCAUUGUACUAUUGUCAUGAUAUUCUCUUAACCGUCAGACACACACACACACAGAGAGCAAGAGAGAGACAUAACACACACACACACACACACACUUGACUCCGAUGUCAUUGCAGUACACACACAUCACAUGGGCAGCAAUCCAGGCAGGAUGGUCAGAUCUCAGUGGGAUUACACACACUCUGGAUUACCAGGGCUCUUUUCAUUGUCACAUUUCCUGGAUCACAGCAUAUAUUAGUAUGAUAUGAUGCUCUGCUCACGUAACAUGGAACAUCAAGCCAGAGAUCUGCUGCCCAAAUCCCCUUAGGAUGCUCUGUCAAACCACUGGAUAACACACACAAAAGCUCUGUAAUGCUUUAACACUCCUUAAUAAAACAGGCCUGUAAUACAUCAAAUCCUUGCAGGGUUCACAGUGGAGUUCUCUGCAGUGGCUUUUCUCCCAGCUAGCAGUUUGUUUGUUUACUAGCUGAGUACUGUGGGACCUUUGCCAGACCAAAGUCCAGCAGCUAUUUCAUUGGGCUCUACCCUGCCAUGAUGCCCUGUCACACAAGACACCACACUGUGAGGUCAUUUCCUUUUCCUCCCUGCCUGGGGCAUGAGAGAUAGAGUUGGUGUUUGGGCAGGCCACUGUGUUCUUAUGUAGUGAGAGAUGGAAGGAGAGGGGGAAAUAAUAAAAAGGGGGGGGGGGGGGGGGGGGGGGACAUAAAGGAGAAAAUUGCUUUGUUUCAGAGCAGGAGAUAAAAAGGGUCCUAGAGAGAAAAAUAUAGUUAAUGUUUGGUUAAACAUGGAGAGAAAAGCAGAGAGAGGCGUAGAGAAGGACGAGGGGGAGAUGAUGACUGUUGCACAGCAGGAGGGAGAGGGGGAGAGAAUGACUGUUGCACAGUAGGAGGGAGAGGGGGAGAGAAUGACUGUUGCAGAGCAGGAGGGAGAGAAUGACUGUUGCACAGCAGGAGGGAAAGGGGGAGGGAAUGACUGUUGCAGAGCAGGAGGGAGAGGGGGAGAGAAUGACUGUUGCAGAGCAGGAGGGAGAGAAUGACUGUUGCACAGCAGGAGGGAAAGGGGGAGGGAAUGACUGUUGCAUAGCAGGAGGGAGAGGGGGAGGGAUAGAGGAAAAGGAAGGUGUCAUCGAUGGAAAUGAUAGAGAAACCAUUGUUUGGUUAACACAGAGAGAAGCAGAGAGUAGGGCUGGGCGAUAUGGCCUAAAACUCAUAUCUCCAUGUUUUCAAAUUUAUGGGCGAUUCACGAUAUAUAUGUAGAUUUUUAAAAUGUUUUCUCUAAAUAAGCUUUGUUGUACAAUUAAAGGUCAAAUACACUGCAUUUAAAACAGUCAGCAAUAAUCGAAUGAAUUCAGAGCUCGUGAAAUUAUACCUUGGCUGAAUAGCCUUCCACAACCAUAAGACCCACUAAUAAUUUAAUCAAAAUAGUUAUACGUGCUUUUUUUUUUGCAAUAACCACUGAUCUGGCUUUCAGGUCUAUAAAAAUGCCCUUUUUGAUACAAAUUUAACCAGAACCAUGUAUAAUGCACAUUCACUAAAAAUGUAGCAGGCAUUACAUUAAAGACCAUAAUUGGUUAAAGAAAAUUGUGAUGAAUUAAAAAGUAUACCAGUUUCAUUUAAGGACCAAAGGAUUGACAGCCGUCCCAUAUAUAUUGCAAUAUAGUUGGGAAGAGAUUUUUGACGUACCGAUUCCAUGGCAAAUGGUUUAUGAACUGAUACGCAAAACGACGCCGGAUUCAAAACGUAUAAUUUUUCAAUUAAAAUUAUUAUACAAAAUUCUUUCUACCAAUAGAAUAUUAUUUAUAUGGGGGAUACAAUCUUCACAGCUCUGCAGAUUUUGCUGCGAAGAGACAGAAUCAUUAGAUCAUUUGUUUUGGUACUGUCCAUUUGUAGCUAGGUUUUGGUCACAGGUCCAGGAAUGGCUGAAGGAUUGCAAUAUUUACCUGGAGCUAACCCUGCAGAUAGCACUGGGUGAUCUGAAAAUACACAGUCAAUCGAUCAAUAAUAUAAUAAUACUUUUAACAUAAAGGUUUAUUUUCAAUUUACAAUCUGUGGAAACAAUGAGAAUAGAAGAGUUCAGAACUUUUGUGAAACAUCACAGUACAGUUGAAAAAUAUAUGGCAAAUAGAAAUCCAAUAUGGAUGGUGUUAAGAGAUAGAUGGGAGGUGUUGAAUGGAGCUGAAGGUUGGGACUAUUAACAACUAAUAACAACAAUAUAACUAAUGUAAAACAUACUGUGUCCAUAAUAAGUAUAUAGGUUAUAGGUUAAGAACUUUUGUGAAAGAGCACAGUUUGAACGAUAUGGCAUAUAGAAGCAAACCGGAUGGACAUCAUGAAAAUGAUCGGAGAGGUUGAGGUUAGAGGAAGUUCAGGAGUAAAAACAAACAAAACAGAACUACUGUAAAAUUGUCCAUAAAAUGUAUAUAGUAUGUAUAAGCUGGAAGUAGAGGCCUAAGCGUUGUUGUUCACUAGUUUACUCCAAUUAGGGGAGGGGUGGUGGGGUUGGAAAGUAAUAAAGGAAAAUAUUUAUUUUUUUAAAGGAUACGUAUAUAUAUAUAUAUAUAUAUAUAUAUAUAUAUAUAUUUUUUUUUUUUACACCCCCCCCUCCCCCCUCGGCAUUUUUCCUAUUUUGUUGCUUUACAACCUGGGAUUACAUUUUUUGGGGGGUGUUUUAUCAUUUGAUUACACAACAUGCCUACCACUUUGAAGAUGCAAAAUAUUUGUUAUUGUGAAACAAACAAGAAAUAAGAUAAAAAAAACUGAAAACUUGAGCGUGCAUAACUAUUCACCCCCCCAAAGUCAAUACUUUGUAGAGCCACCUUUUGCAGCAAUUACAGCUGCAAGUCUCUUGGGGUAUGUCUCUAUAAGCUUGGCACAUCUAGCCACUGGGAUAUUUGCCCAUUCUUCAAGGCAAAACUGCUUCAGCUCCUUCAAGUUGGAUGGGUUCCGCUGGUGUACAGCAAUCUUUAAGUCAUACCACAGACUCUCAAUUGGAUUGAAGUUUGUGCUUUGACUAGGCCAUUCCAAGACAUUUAAAUGUUUCCCCUUAAACCACUCAAGUGUUGCUUUAGCAAUAGGCUUAGGGUCAUUGUCCUGCUGGAAGGUGAACCUCCGUCCCAGUCUCAAAUCUCUGGAAGACUGUUUCCCUCAAGAAUUUCCCUUCGAUUCCUUCGAUUAUGACCAGUUUCCCAGUCCCUGACGAUGAAACACAUCCCCACAGCAUGAUGCUGCCAUCACCAUGCUUCACUGUAGGGAUGGUGUUCUCGGGGUGAUGAGAGGUGUUGGGUUUGCACCAGACAUAGCUUUUUCCUUGAUGGCCAAAAAGCUCAAUUUUUGUCUCAUCUGACCAGAGUACCAUCUUCCAUAUGUUUGGAGAGUCUCCCACAUGGUUUUUGGCGAACACCAAACGUGUUUGCUUAUUUUUUUCUUUAAGCAAUGGGUUUUUAUUUUGGCCACUAUUCAGUAAAGCCCAGCUCUGUGGAGUGUACGGCUUAAGUGGUCCUAUGGACAGAUACUCCAAUCUCCGCUGUGGAGCUUUGCAGCUCCUUCAGGGUUAUCUUUGGUCUCUUUGUUGCCUCUCUGAUCAAUGCCCUCCUUGCCUGGUCCGUGAGUUUUGGUGGGCGGCCCUCUCUUGGCAGGUUUGUUGUGGUGCCAUAUUCUUUCAAUUUUUAAAUAAUGGAUUUAAUGGUGCUCCGGUGGAUGUUCAAAGUUUUGGAUAUUUUUUUAUAACAUCUGUACUUCUCCACAACUUUGUCCCUGACCUGUUUGGAGAGCUCCUUGGUCUUCAUGGUGCCACUUGCUUGGUGGUGCCCCUUGCUUAGUGGUGUUGCAGACUCUGGGGCCUUUCAGAACAGGUGUACAGUGCUAUGAAAAAGUAUUUGCCCCCUUUCUAAUUUUCUCUACUUUUGCAUAUUUGUGAUACUGAAUGUUAUCAGAUCUUCAACCAAAACCUAAUAUUAGAUAAAGGGAACAUAAGUGAACAAAUAACACAACAAUUACAUAUUUACAUAUUUAUUUCAUUUAUUUCAUAAACAAAGUUAUGCAACACCCAAUUCCCCUGUGUGAAAAAGUAAUUGCCCCCUUACACUUAAUAACUGGUUGUGCCACCUUUAGCUGCAAUGACUCCAACCAAAUGCUUCCUGUAGUUGUUGAUCAGUCUCUCACGUCGCUGUGGAGGAAUUUUGGCCCACUCUUCUAUGCAGAACUGCUUUAACUCAGUGAUGUGUGGGUUUUCAAGCAUGAACUGCUCGUUUCAAGUCCUGCCACAACAUCUCAAUUGGAUUAGGUCUGGACUUUUGGCCAUUCCAAAACUUCAAAUGUGUUGCUUUUUAGCAAUUUUCAUGUAGACUUGAUUGUGUGUUUUGGAUCAUUGUCUUGCUGCAUGACCCAGCUGCGCUUCAGCUUCAGCUCACAGACGGAUGGUCUGACAUUCUCCUGUAUAAUUCUCUGAUACAGAGCAGAAUUCAUGGUUCCUUCUAUUAAGGCAAGUCGUCCAGGUCCUGAGGCAGCAAAGCAUCCCCAAACCAUCACACCACCACCACCAUGCUUGACCUUUGGUAUGAUGUUCUUACUGUGGAAUGCAGUGUUUGGUUUUUCCCAAGGCAUAAUGGGACCCAUCUCGUCCAAAAAGUUGACUCAAGUUUGCCAAAAAGCACCUGGAUGAUCAUCAAGACUCUUGGAAGAAUGAUCUAUGGACAGAUGAUUCAAAAGUAUAAAACUUUUUGGACAACAUGUUUCCAGUAAUGCCUGGCGAAAACCAAACUCUGCAUUCCACAGUAAGAACAUCAUACCAAAGGUCAAGCAUGGUGAUUAGAUUGCACACAGGUGGAAGUGAUGCAGACAAUUACAUUGAUGGAAGUUACAAUCUAUCUGCAACAUUAAAGCUGAUCUCCCCCUAAUUAAAAAAAAUUAUAAUACAAAAAAUACAAAAAUAACGUAGCAGGCAUUAUAAAAAAUGAACACCGGUCUAAUAAACAAUCUCUCAAGCACCACGUGCUAGUGAGUAGCCAGCUAAUAUUUAUAUUUCACGUUUAGCCAACUUGGAUCAAGGUUUCAUUUCACAAGCUCUGAAUUCAGCUAACAAGGCAAAACAGUUGAUUGUUAUGAACACAACCUUCUGUCUGUCUCCAACUGUUUUAACAGCAUGCUAGCCUGUCCACUUUGUUCAGAUGUUCAAAUCAAGUGGCCUACCUUAUGUCUCAGAAUGAGAACGAGUUGUCAAUUCCUUAUAUAAUUAUGUUAUGCUUAUUGCACAUUUCUAAAACACCGACUAAACAGCUAGUAUAACAAUCUUUGUUUGACUAAAACGUUGCUAGCUAUACGUGGUACCGUAAUGCGCGCGUGACAAACUGAACAUACAUUUUCCAGAAUGAAUGUUCAUUGGUACGUCCGUUUUAGUAGUGUCUGCUUUGCUCGAAAUUUGAGGAGUUGAAACAUAAACAGGGUAUGGUUCGAAAGGUUACCUUCUCCUCUAUUACAGUAAAAUAAUGUCUCCGUGUGUUUCGGUGUCCAUAUGACUGAUUCGGUUGGACCAAACCUCAAAUACAAAUAUCGAGUUGAAACUGGUGUAAAUGGGAAGGGGCACAGCACAGCAGGAGCGAACGAGAUGAAUAAGACAUGAGAACAAGCAGACAUAAACGUUGAUAAAAAUAUAUAUAUUCUGCGACACAGGCACUUGGAAUAUCGCGCAAAAACAUACAAACAUAUAUAUCGCCCAGCCCUAGCAGAGAGGGAGGGAGAGGGUUAAUAGCCUACGAGAGAGAGAGAGAGAGAGAGGGGAAAAUGAGGUAGAGACUGAGCAGGGCAGAUCAAGAUGAUGUCACAGAGUUUAACCCUUCCAAAGCAUCAGGGGGCCUCUUCGAUAACACAACUAAAAUUAACGCGUCAGGAACAUGCAUGAUGACAGCUAUUAAUCCCACAGACCCACCCACACAACACAUUCUAUAAUGAUGAGGCCUUCCCUCUCCGGCCACACACCACGUCUGUGAGUAGAGGAGUGCCAGGGCGAAAGCGUUGGUUUAGCCACAAGGCGACUCUCUACAACGACAGCCCAACGACCUUCAGCUGACAUUAUCCCACUGCAUACUGCGCCCGUUAAACAUGCUACCCACCAUCCUCUGGGCAGUGUGUGUUUAAAACACAGCAUUCCUAUUCACUCAAAUUGCCCAUGCCGACAUGGUAAAAGAGGUUUGAGCUACAACAACAUCAACAGCUGCAAUACAUCAGCAGGUCAGAGAGACAUGACUGUCUGUUCUCCGGGACAAAGAGUCAUUUGUAGGCCUCUCUCUCUCCUAGCAGAGCUGCGAGUCUUCCUACCUAACCUUACAACCCCAGUCCCUGUCAGACGAGCAGAGACGCUGGGCUGGCAUUAGCACACAUCUGAUCUCACUCUGGAGUAAAGGGGUUGUCGGCAAAACGCAGUGUGAAGAGACACCUUAUACAGCAAUCGUCCAAGCUAAACUCAAUACACGGAGUGCAAACAAACCAUGCACUACACAGACAGACAGGCACAGAUAAAUAAUAAUACACACAGGCACGCAUCUUUCACACUCACAUAGAAAACGUGGUCCUCUGUAGCGCAAUCUGUAGCUCAAUUGGUGGAGCAUGGCGCUUGUAACGCCAGGGUAGUGGGUUCGAUCCCCAGGACCACCCAGACAUAAAAAUGUAUGCGCACAUGACUAAGUCGCUUUGGAUAAAAGUGUCUGCUAAAUGGCAUAUAAUUUAAUAAUAUUAAAAAAUGUGUACAAAAGAGAGACACACACACACACACACAGAGAACAGUAAAUACCCCAGCAUCCCCCUCCUCCUUUUGGGUAGCUAUAUCUCCCCAUCUAGAUGCCAGUCGCCCACAGGAUUGUCAGAGCUUUGCAGGCUAAUUGCUUGUGUAAUUGGUCUGACAACACAGGUGUUGUAGAGGGGGUGUACCUCUAUACCCCCCACAAUGCUGAGGCUCUGCUUACAUCUGAACCAAUGUCAAACGCUGACCUCAGACCUGCUGAUCCACAUCUAAUGCUAACCCAAACUAUUAGCAGCAGAGAUGUCAAACUGAAACAGAGUCGGGGCUAAUGAGAGCUGUCAGGGGCAUUUCCCAGCUGGUUCGAGAAAAGAAAGCUGCUGAAAUAUUAUGAUUAGCUUAGUGCAUUCCUGCCAGAAUGACUUGUAUCGCUAGGCGGUUUUCACAAAGUGUCCAUGCAUAUUCACCACAGCACACGCACAGCUGCUAUCUAGGUUAGGAGUCUUACUAAGCAGUAAUCUGCCUGGACCUGGAACCUACAACCUUUUAUGGGAACCAAACAGGUGUUGUGAAGUCCUGGGGGAGGCUUUAUAGAGUAACACCAAUGAGAGAGCUCUGUACCCAAUACCCAUAGCUAGGUGACAGAUGGCCUUCACACACACACACACAGAUUCACACAUACACUCAUGGCACACCAUAUGCUCCAGCAAAGAUACCCGAGAUUCACACUUGCUCACACACAAGCCCCCACACAACUAUCAUGCCCUCUACUUAAAAUGGGAGCGUUUUAGAUCAAGUGUAUUAUCAAGAGAAACGUUCAUGCACUACUGAAUCCUGAGACCAAGGGGGAAAGUAAUGCGGUACGGUCUGGUACGGCGUCCCAGCAAAAGAGAUAGUGAGAGUACGCAGUACCGGUAAAACAUGAGCUUAUCACAAUAAUUCAAACAAAAUGUCAAGAAAACUGUAGGCUAUUACACCAUUAUUUGUCAUUACCGUAUGUCAGAGGCAUGAAAAAUGAGAGAAUGGACUUGAAAACGUGUGGUAUAGCCUACGCUCCAAAUUGCGAUGUGGUUCGACGAGAACACUGACAUUUUGCAAAGGCAGAGAUGAGUGGCUGACAAAGAGACGCGAGGACAGCAGUGGAGGCAUUCAUUCUGGCCUCAUGACAAUCGCCAAAUGUAAUUACACUUUUUGGUGUUUUGUGUAACAGAUGUCUCUUUCCAUUCACCACUGUUUGAAGGCUGGAAAUGCUAUUGAAUUCAUAGGGAUUCGAAAUAUAACUCUAUGUUUAGGUCCCACGGCUGGCCAGCCCAUUAGGCAGCCACCUAGGGCGCCAGUUUUACUAGGGCAGCAUUUUCCGAGCUAAACUGAUCCAAGACGCAUCUCCAACAACACAUAGCACCUCACAUUAUUCAGCCCAAAAACAAUCAUAACUUCUCUCACCCAGUGGCAUGAGGGCUAUUUAGGUGAGGGCUGAUGCCAUACCAUGAUAAGCAGUGCCCACUUUGCCAAAGGUAGGGGAGCAAAAUAUUUAGCUUGUCCAUGCCUCUCCAGGGUGCUGUUGGAGAGACGCAAAGCUGGGGGCGCACCACCAACGCUCCAUCAAAAUAAUUUAAGAUACAUGACGUAGCCUACAGUAGAAAGGAGUAGUAGCCUAUGUGUUUUUUCUGAAGACCAAAGGUAUUACAGUCACGAGACAGACACUUUUUAAAUCAUUAACUUAUUAAUGAGGAGAGAGAGUGCAGGAGAAAGUCAACUAAAAAGGCAAGUGGACAGACAUCAGCUUUGGAGCAGCUGCGGCAUACUCAAACUGAGGUGGACUGAAAAUGGUGCUGAAAGUUAAUUAAUUUAAACAAUUGUCUUCAUUUUAAUUCGACUUCACUACAACAGGGCUUUGUUGGAGUCUAUUUCUUCCUAUUAAAAAUAAAUAAGGGGUAGGCCUACCUGUUUGACAGACGCAAUUAUGUUAUCCAUAGAUUCAUUCAAAUAUUCAGCUAUUUUAUUGAGAUAUGGUGUCUUUUGUGUAUGGUAUAGGAGAGGACACCAAGAGGCUGGAUCCAAGAGGUGGAAAUUAUAAUGGUCCAACGUCCAACGCUUCAUUAGAGGUGAUGCUUAAGAGAUCAUGAGUGGCUACAAUUGAAUUGUUAGUCUGGUUCAAUUGCAUGGUUACACAGGGUGUGAUUGUGAUUACAGGUGGGGGAAAGCUUUGGACACGGAGCCUUGCGUUUCAACUAGCCGGCGAACUCUUCCAACAAAAUAUGACACUUGUGAAAUGGAAUAACAUCAAACUCAGGGAGCUCCAAGACCUUCUUGCUAGACAAAACAUGCCUUAUUCAGAAUGUGUACGUUCUUGGUAUUAUAUUAAUAUAGAUAUUUAUAUUAAUGUUGUUUACCAUUUCAGGUCAGAGACAUGUGCCUGCGUUAAAACCUUCCAAUUGGAGAUAUGGUUAACUACUUCAAACAGCUGGACAGCUUUCUUUCACAUCAGGUAAACCAUAGGUUGCAAUUUUUUGUCAACUGUGUUUAAAAUAAACAAUUGAGAGGGGUGGAGUAGACCUAGCCUAUACCAAUGGUGCAUUAUGUAUUAUUUUCACCUAAAACAUACUUAUUUAGCGUUUUCUCUUUCAGCGUUCAAGCUCAUGAGAGGUCAUGA